GCUUAGCCGGGCUGAGACUGCGCCAUGCAGGAAGCGCCAGCAGCGCUGCCCACGGAGCCGGGCCCCAGUCCCGUGCCUGCCUUCCUCGGCAAGCUGUGGGCGCUGGUGGGUGACCCGGGGACCGACCACCUGAUCCGCUGGAGCCCGAGCGGGACCAGUUUCCUCGUAAGCGACCAGAGCCGCUUCGCCAAGGAAGUGCUACCCCAAUACUUCAAGCACAGCAACAUGGCGAGCUUCGUGCGGCAACUCAACAUGUACGGUUUUCGUAAGGUGGUGAGCAUCGAGCAGGGCGGUCUGCUGAGGCCAGAGCGCGACCACGUCGAAUUCCAGCAUCCGAGCUUUGUACGUGGCCGAGAGCAACUACUGGAACGCGUGCGGCGCAAGGUGCCUGCGCUGCGCAGCGACGACGGUCGCUGGCGCCCCGAGGACUUGGGCCGGCUGCUGGGCGAGGUGCAGGCUUUGCGGGGAGUGCAGGAGAGCACCGAGGCGCGGCUGCGGGAGCUCAGGCAGCAGAACGAGAUCUUAUGGAGAGAGGUGGUGACUUUGCGGCAGAGCCACGGUCAGCAACACCGAGUCAUUGGCAAGCUGAUCCAGUGCCUCUUUGGGCCACUUCAGACAGGGUCCAGCAACGCAGGAGCUAAGAGAAAGCUGUCUCUGAUGCUGGAUGAGGGGAGCUCAUGCCCAACCCCAGCCAAGUUCAGUGCCUGCCCCCUACCUGGUGCCCUCCUUCAGGAUCCCUACUUUAUCCAGUCGCCCCUCCCAGAGACCACCUUGGGCCUCACUAGCUCUCACAGGGCCAGGGGCCCUAUCAUUUCUGACAUCCAUGAAGACUCUCCAUCCCCUGAUGGGACCAGGCUUUCUCCUUCCAGUGGUGGCAGGAGGGAGAAGGGCCUGGCACUGCUCAAAGAAGAGCCGGCCAGUCCAGGGGGGGAAGGCGAGGCCGGGCUGGCCCUGGCCCCAAACGAGUGUGACUUCUGCGUGACAGCCCCCCCACCGCUGCCUGUGGCUGUGGUGCAGGCCAUCCUGGAAGGGAAAGGGAGCUUCAGCCCUGAGGGGCCCAGGAAUGCCCAACAGCCUGAACCAAGGGGCCCCAGGGAGGUACCUGACAGGGGAACUAUGGGCCUAGACAGGGGGGUGCGGAGCCCUGAGAAUCUGCUGCCUCCCAUGCUGCUUCGGGGCCCCCCUGAAAGUGUGGAGCCUGCGGGGCCUCUGGAUGUGCUAGGCCCCAGCCACCAAGGGCGAGAAUGGACCUUGAUGGACUUGGACAUGGAGCUGUCCCUGUUCCCCUCCACAGCUGCUUCCUGGGGUUCUCCUAUGCAGAUGCAGCCGCUGGUUCCAGAGAGGAGUGAGAGUGAGCUGGCAGUCAAGGGCUUAAAUUCUCCGGGGCCAGGGAAGGACUCCACACUUGGGGCACCACUCCUUCUGGAUGUCCAAGCAGCUUUGGGAAGCCCAGCUCUCGGCCUUCCUGGAGCUUUAACCAUUUACAGCACCCCUGAGAGCCGAGGCUCCUACCUGGGCCCAGGGGCCAACCCCUCCCCCUGAGACCCGGUCUACUCUGAAGCCAGCCUAGCAGAGGGGCUGGCCUGAAGCAGCACGCCCUUCUUGGCUUCCUCCCGGCUUCCUGGUGCCCCUAGAAGAGGCUGAGCGAAGACCCUGUUACUCUGUUGUCCUUCUCCAUUACUGAACCCUGCACAUA